AUGGCGGACCGACGGCGACAGCGCGCCUCGCAGGACACCGAGGACGAGGAGUCUGGAGCUUCGGGCUCAGAUAGUGGCGGCUCCCCGGCGCGGGGCGGCGGGAGCUGCAGCGGUAGCGCUGGAGGCGGGGGCAGUGGCUCUCUUCCUUCCCAGCGCGGAGGCCGAGCGGCCCUCCAUCUGCGGCGGGUGGAGAGCGGGGGGGCCAAGAGCGCCGAGGAGUCGGAGUGUGAGAGUGAAGAUGGCAUCGAGGGCGAUGCUGUUCUCUCAGAUUAUGAAAGUGCAGAAGACUCAGAAGGUGAUGAAGGAGAAUACAGUGAAGAUGAAAACUCCAAAGUGGAGCUGAAAUCAGAGCCCAAUGAUGCUGCUAAUUCUUCAGCAAAAGAAGAGAAGGGAGAAGAAAAGCCUGAUACCAAAGGCACUGUCACUGGAGAGAGGCAGAGUGGAGAUGGACAGGAGAGCACAGAGCCUGUAGAGAACAAAGUGGGUAAGAAGGGCCCUAAGCAUCUGGAUGAUGAUGAGGAUCGGAAGAACCCGGCAUACAUACCCCGGAAAGGGCUUUUCUUUGAGCAUGAUCUUCGAGGCCAAACUCAGGAGGAGGAAGUCAGACCUAAGGGGCGUCAGCGAAAACUAUGGAAGGAUGAGGGUCGCUGGGAGCAUGACAAGUUCCGGGAGGAUGAACAGGCUCCAAAGUCCCGACAGGAGCUCAUUGCUCUUUAUGGUUAUGACAUUCGCUCAGCUCACAAUCCUGAUGACAUCAAACCCCGAAGAAUUCGGAAACCCAGGUUUGGGAGUCCUCCACAAAGAGAGCCAAACUGGAUUGGUGAACGGUCAAACAAGUCCCAUCGCCACCAGGGUCCUGGGGGUACCCUGUCACCAAGGACAUUUAUUAAUAGGAAUGCUGCAGGUACUGGCCGCAUGUCUACACCCAGGAAUUACUCUCGAUCUGGGGGCUUCAAGGAAGGUCGUGCUGGUUUUAGGCCUGUGGAAGCUGGUGGGCCACAGAGUGGCCGGUCUGGUGAGACUUUUAAGCAUGAGACUAGUUACCGGUCACGGCGGUUGGAGCAGACUCCUGUGAGGGAUCCAUCCCCAGAAGCAGAUGCUCUAGUGCAUGGCAGUCCUGAGAAGGAAGAGGCAGCCUCAGAGACACCAGCUCCUGGUCCUGACACUGCACCCCCAGCCCCUGACAGGCCUAUUGAGAAGAAAUCCUAUUCUCGAGCAAGAAGAACCAGAACCAAAGCUGGAGAUGCAGUCAAGAUUGCAGAAGAGGUGCCUCCUCCACCAGAGGGGCUGACCCCGGCACCUCCAGUCCCAGAAACUACCCCUCCUCCACCUGCUAAGACUGGAAACUGGGAGACUCCAGUGGAUUCUACUACAGGUGGACUUGAGCAAGACAUGGCACAGCUAAAUAUAACAGAACAGAAUUGGACUCCAGGGCAGCCUUCAUUCCUGCAGCCACGAGAACUUCGGGGUAUGCCCAGCCACAUCCACAUGGGAGCAGGACCACCACCUCAGUUUAACCGGAUGGAAGAAAUGGGUGUCCAAGGUGGUCGAGCCAAACGCUAUUCAUCCCAGCGGCAAAGACCUGUGCCAGAGCCCCCUGCUCCCCCUGUGCAUAUCAGUAUCAUGGAGGGGCAUUACUAUGAUCCAUUGCAGUUCCAGGGACCAAUCUAUACCCAUGGUGAUAGCCCUGCCUCACUACCUCCUCAGGGCAUGAUUGUGCAGCCAGAAAUGCACCUUCCACACCCAGGUUUACAUCCCCACCAGACACCGGCACCUCUGCCCAGUCCAGGCCUUUAUCCUCCACCAGUGUCCAUGUCUCCAGGACAGCCACCACCACAGCAGCUGCUUGCUCCUACUUACUUUUCUGCUCCAGGCGUCAUGAACUUUGGUAAUCCCAGUUACCCGUAUGCUCCAGGGGCACUGCCUCCCCCACCACCUCCUCAUCUGUAUCCUAAUACACAGGCCCCAUCACAGGUAUAUGGAGGCGUGACCUACUAUAACCCCGCCCAGCAGCAGGUGCAACCAAAGCCCUCCCCACCCCGGAGGACUCCCCAGCCAGUCACCAUCAAGCCCCCACCACCUGAGGUUGUAAGCAGGGGUUCCAGUUAA